AGAUAUGCGAUUUCAAACUGGGCUUUAAAGAACUUAGAUGAAGUAAGGCUUCUUUCCUGCCACUUUCCUUCAGUUUUUUAUUGAAGUAAAAUGUUUGAGCUGAUGGCAGGGUUCUAAAGUCUAAAUCCGCGUCCAUUAAACCGACAGCAAAAGCUUGAGACUUGGUCUAAUCAAUCAAUCUGGGCAGAAACCAUUUCUUGUCUUCUACUCAAAAACAUCUCUGCCAUAAAAUAUCAUCCACCAAAAAGUAAAAACCUGAAUUCCAACCCUUUAACCAUGGAAUCCAUUAACAUUCUCAAAGGUUAUGACAAAGUAGAUUCCAAUCUUGAAAAUCAAAACCCACAUCCACAUCUACAUCCCCACCAUUCCAAUUCCACCAAAAAACCCAUAAUCAUCACCCUCACAAUCUCAGCUAUCCUCCUCUUAACUCUCAUCAUCACUCCUACGCUUGCUGCCUUGAUCCACGAAUCCAACACUGAGCCUCCUGAGUCUAUCCCGCAAUCCAACUCGGCCGAGUCAAUCAGAACUAUCUGCAACCUAACUCGGUAUCCAACAUCCUGCUUCACCAGCAUAUCCUCUCUUAACGUCUCAAUAAAACCUGACCCAGAAGCCAUUUUCAACCUCUCUCUUCAAGUCUCCAUUCAAGAGCUCAAAAACGUCUCUACCCUUCUCAAAACUCUCAAUGAUGUUAACUCUCAGGCUGCUAUUAAUGACUGUUCGAGUCAAUUUGAUGAUGCAUUGGGCAAACUCGGCGAUUCUUUAUUGGCAAUGAAAGUUGGUCCUGGAGAGAAAGCGUUGACUUUGGAGAAGAUCAAUGAUAUCCAGACUUGGAUCAGUGCUGCUAUGACUGAUCAGCAGACUUGUAUCGAUGGGUUAGAGGAGAUGGAAUCAGUGGUUCUUGACGAAGUGAAGGCUAAGAUGGUCAAUUGUAAUCAGUUCUUGAGCAACAGCUUGGCUAUUAUUGCUAAAAUGCAGAGCCUUCUUGAAAUGUUUGAUCUCAAAUUGCAUUGACUUUGUUUUUCUGUGUGUUUGCAAUGUUGAAGAUUUGUGUUCCUCUUACCAAUUCUAUAAUAUAAUAUAUAUAUAUAUAUAUAUAUAUAUAUAUAUAUUUUUUUUUUUUUUUUUUUUUUUUUUUUCUGCUGUGUGCAUAUGUAAUGUUGUGAUACAUAUUUGUGUAAAUAAAUAAGUUAAUACAUUUUUGUUGUUGGAGUUAUGAAUGAUAAAGUUUGUAUCAAAAACUGUAUGUCUCUAAUUAAUGUUUAAAGUUAUGGUCC